CCCGCGUCCUCCGCAAUGGCCACACUCCCGCGCACGCUGGUCGCGCUGCUCGCGCUCGGCGCGUGCUCCGCUCUCAUCGAUGACGCGCUCGACGUGUUGCGAUUGGGAAAAGAGAUCGGCGAAGAGGUGUUAAACUCGUGGGACCUUGUCGGGAAGUCGUUUAACGCGUCAGGGGGUGUAGAAUUGCCUAUAAUUAAGAGGAAGGAGAGGGUAAUCUUGGCGAAGUUGGGUGAGGUGUCGCGCGCGAUACAGAGGUUGGAAUUGGGUGUGGAGAAGACGGCGGCGGUGGCUGAGCUGUUGGCUAGGAGUGGGGUGCGGGGCGCGCGUCUGGAGCUGCGGCUGCACGAGAUGGCGGACCUGCUGUCCCGGGUGUCGUCGGCCAACCGGCAGAUGCGCGAGUACGUGAGCAUCCAGCAGGAGCUGGAGCCGUCGACGCUGCAGGAGUUCGCGGAGUGGUGCGUGUCGCACGACCCGGGCGCGCUGCCGGGGCUGCUGGAGCGCGUGCACGCGCUGGUGGCGCCCCCCCACAACCACCUGCUCGGCCGCGGCGUGUUGCAGCUCGUCUUGGAUGAUUUACAGGAACAGAGCCAGGACCUGUGCGAGCUACAGAUGUCGCCGCACCAGCUGAUCUAUGACAUGUACAACACCAUCGCGCUCACGGAGAUCAAAGGUUACGCCAUGAUGCAGUUCUCCUGGAUCCUGCUCAAGAUCUACGGGAAAGGAAACUACACAGAGGAAGCCAGCCUGACCAGACAACGAUACUCUGAAAGAACGGAAAAGACAGCAGCCGCCGCUAAAGCAGCACUUGCUAUGUCCAAACGAGGGGUCUACCGGUGCGAUCCAGCUCAACACAAAGAAGGUGAAACGUUUGCGCAAGUAACUCGCCUACUCCAGGGUUACAUCGAGAACGAGGUGGAUAUGAACACAGACGGAACUUGCAGGGACAACUGCGCGUACUACUCGUUGGCCGAACGACACGGCUGCUUCAAGGAACUGUACUGCGCGAAGCAGAGGCCUUGCAAUGGGAGGAUUCUCAACUGCCAGUAUAUUGACUCGGACAUGUGGGUCUGUCCUGCGGGUCGGAACAGCAACCGGCGGUACGAGUGGAUCGAAUAUGAGAACGGGCGAACCCUCGGCAAAGCGGGCAGGUGCACGCUGGGAACUACCAAGGUGGACUCGUGGUGGCGCUGGAACCUCCAGCACUGCUCGUACUGCAUGUGUCUGUGCGAGGAGCCGGCGGCGGAGGCCGAGCGCGUCUUCAGCUUACGCGAGGCUGUGACGGACUUGCAGACCAACAAGGUAGUAACCGGACUGCGUAUAGUGAAGCUUGGCAGGGUGUUCCACCUCCAAAUCAGCGAGGGAGUGUUGGGCGAGCGAGGGGCGGUGACUCCCAGUGGAUGGGUGCCGGUGGUUAAGUUCGACCCCGAGGACGCUGGUGUUGCUGCGACGGAUUAUCAUACUCUGACGUAUGAGCAGCGGGCGAUAGACUUGGACGAACUGGAUUCGCCCAAGGGACACGUGCUAACUGGAGUCAGGUGGCGAAUGAUCGGUGCGCAUCUACACUUCGAGAUCAGAUCCACACCCUUCAACUACACAACAGGACGCCUCGCGCCCGACAGAAGUCAAUGGAUCAGUAACGACAACACAGAGGGCGCUGAACAACCAAGGAAGCGCCUAGAGUUGUACAAGCCAGACAUUCCGACGCGCAGCGCGGCGCCCAUGCCGGUAGACUCGACACACGACCAGUACGUCGAGUUCGACAACUCGGACUUCGAGGCGGACGCCGCUCAGACGACGGUGCCGUUCCUUGACGUCCAGCCAGUUGAGCCCAUGAAGGGGGCUGCCCUAGCGAGCGGCGCGGGCAUCGUGCACCGCGGGUCGCGCGGCUCGGGCGGGUUCAUCACGGUGAAGCUGUUCACGUACGACUACAGCCCGCAUGUCCGCGCCGACCCGCCGCCCGCGCACGAGCCCGACUUCGUGCCGCUGCCCGUCAUCAAUUAGAUGAAGAUAGUCAUUGGUCAUUGCAGAGGACGCGUCUGUGCAAGUCGGGCCUAAACCUACCACUAGUGUGAUAAAACUUAUCGCGUCGGUGCGUCCCUAUCGCAACAAAUAGUGGAAUAAGGAAAACCUGACGUGAUAGGCUUUAUUGCGUUACCAUCCCGUCAAAUUUCUUUUGAAUGACGAUUGCCUAUGACCUUGUGUUAUUCAAAUCAAUGGCAAAUUUAAAGCAAAAAUUGCCGAUGAAUCUAUUUUUUAUUAAUUUUUAUAUUUGUUUUAUAAUUGAAUGCACUUAGGCGUCCUCUGUUGUGGAAAUUUAGUUAUAAAUAUAAGUAAUUAGGACGAGUGCGGCCUGGGGCCACAGAAGAUACUUGAUUGCUGUGUAAUUUAACCUCUUCAGUAGGUAAUCAGAUUUAAUGUACAAUAAUUUAUGGUUUUUGACUCACUUUUCUUAAGCAAUAUUUAUCACAGCAUUCGCGGGGUACAAUGUAAAUACGUAAAGGAUGAUAAAACAUGUAUGUUAAAAAAUAUAAACAUCAUAUAAAAUAAAUAGUAAAAAUCCUGGUCGCGGCACCAAAAUGUAACGCCGGUGUUUGCUGUAAGUGCCGUAAAAGCCAUCAAGUGGUUUCCGAGAGCUCCAGCCGUGGGAACUGUACUCAUUAUUGUAAUAUAAGGUUUUGAUAGCAAUAAAGACUUUCUUAAUUAAAAUCUAA